AUGAGUCAAUGCUAAAGAAGGCAAGGUUGCAACUUUGAAAUUUUACACUCUAUAGCUGAUCAAUGUUCAUGAAGUUGUUUGUUGUAAAAUAAUAACAAUAAAUAAUACUGGUAACUAGUAUGUGAAGUGUCAAAAUGCAUUAAUUUAUGUAUUCUUGAAAGAAGAAAAAACAAUUACGUGUCUUGGGGUGUCGCUGCGUAGGGGAGAAAGGGAUCAGAGAAUAAGUCUAGUCUAGAAGAAGGGAAGUCUCUAAAAAUUUUUGAGGUGAUAUUCCAAUUGAGAAAGAAACGCUGCACAGGCCAAACUCGCCGGAAAAAGUUGCAACAGAGGAGAAUCAGAGAUUCGCCGCCGCCAGAGAAAUAACUUUCGUCGUCCCUUGCGUCUCGAGAAGCCGCCAGGAGGUAGAAGACGAGCGCGGAGGUGGUUGAAUUGGUCACUACAGCUGAACAUGCGGUAGCUGAAAGGGAAGGUCCGCAAUUUCCGAAAGACGGAAACUCAAUGCUAUAGGCGUAUACCGAUUUUCUUUAGAAUUAAUUUAAUUUAAAUAUUGAAUGCCACGUGGGCUAGCGUGCAUUUUAAGAAGCACGCUACGGGCUCGUUAAAAUUUCUGCCAAUUUCUGGUAUAGUCCCCCUCUCAUUUUGUAUAGUCCCCCUCUCAUUUUGUAUCUCCCGCUACUUUUAUUAAUUAAAGUCUGGCAAGUGUCCCCCGACAUUUGCCCCUCGGGUGUGAGGUUUGCCUUCCGGGGUUAAAAAAAAAAUCCAAAAAGAGAAGAAAAGAGAUUAACGGUGGAAGAAAGAAAAUAAAGAAGAUUGAAAGAAGAAGUGGCUAGCGUUGCAGAGGCAUCCUUCAGCGCAAGCUUCAAAGUCGCGAACGAAAGAAGAGUGGCUUUGCAGGGCAGUUUUGAUAUUUCAUCUAUAUUAUAGUCCUAUGCUAUUACACGGAAAAGUGAUGGUCCUAAUAUGGAUUUUUUCAUAAGUUUUAGUACUUUUUAGGUAAAUCUCUCUAAAUAAAAUACUUGACAUCUAUUUGCCUCUUCUAUGUAAAAAUAUGUAAUAAAUUCGUCCAUUGAAUAGUUCAUUAUUAUUACUAGUUGUAACAACAAGUUUUAUUUUGUUACCUUGUAACAUUAACAUUGAUAACGAUUGAGGCGAGCUUACAUAAACUAUAUUUAUUGCAGAAUUUAGCAAAAAUAUUGUUAUAAAUUCAUGUGAAAGCGAAACCACGGAGAAACUUUAUUGUAUCGAUUUAUUGUCCUUGGUAGGCCAAGAGAAAUAAAAAUGCGAAUCUACAUCAUCUCUUUCGUUUUAUUGUUAGCAUUUGGAAAAGCAAGGCUCUCAUUAUGUGAUCUUACUCUUCAAUGCUCCAAACCGGAACCAAAUGAUGAGUGUUGGAAGCUUAUAAUGCAAUAUAUUCAAAAUGAUGGAAAUGAUGGGCGUGUUCCUCCAACAACAUAUCCUUUUCCCGAUUGUUGCCCUGAGGUUAGAAAUCUGGGAAAAGAAUGCUUUUGGUAUUGGGUGUAUCAUGAGAAUGAUAAAAUGGCAUAUGGAGAUUAUGAUAUUACAGUAAUCUACUUGAACAUCAUUGAUACAUGGAAUCAAUGCCAAGAUAAGAGAAAUCUUACAAACCUACAAAACAUGUAAUGAG